AUGUACGCUGUCGCAGGCCCAAAGGCCCCCGUGGGCAAGUACGGCCAGCCCGUCGCACCCAACCUCGCCGUUAGACACCUGUGCCCAAACUGUCGAGUCGACCCUCCCAAUAUCAUUGAGGAGUACAGUCAUGGCGACCUCGUCUGUGCUGACUGCGGCACCAUCCUUGGUGACCGUAUUGUGGAUACCCGUAGCGAGUGGCGUACCUUUGCUGGUGACGAAGGUGGUGACGACCCGUCCCGUGUCGGUGGUCCGUCCAACCCUCUUCUGGCCAACUCGCCUCUCGAAACCUCCAUCUCGGCUCGUGACGGUCGUACCGGCAUGUCGCGUGACCUUCAGCGCGCGCAGAGCCGUGCAAACCAACAGGUCACCGGUCCCGGUGGCCACUCGAACCCGGCUCAGCUCCAGGCGGCCUUUGGUCGCGUGAGCGAAAUGUGCGACGCGAUGCAGCUCCCCCGCUCUGUGGUCGACGGUGCCCAGCACGCCUUUAUGAUUGGCGACCGCGCCCGCAUCUCUCGUGGCAAGAACGACGACGCCGUCAUUGCCGCCUGCAUCAUCUACGCAUGUCGUGCGGCUGGUGCCGAGCGUUCGUUCCGCGAAGUCUGCAAGGUCACCAAGGUGUCCAAGUCCGAGCUCGGCCGCGUGUUCACCCUGCUGCGUACGGCCGUCCAGGCCGAAAACGCUGCCAAGGGUAUCUCGCACCCGCAAGGCCUCAGCAGCGCCAACCAGUCCGCCGAGGGUCUUCUCGGUCGUUUCUGUAACUAUCUCGAUCUCGGCAACGCCAUUUACAACGCGUCCAAGCACAUUGCGACUGUGGCCGUGGCCAAGUCUGCCAUUGAUGGUCGUUCCCCGCUCUCGAUCGCUGCUGGCGUCCUCUUCUUUACGACCAUUCUGUUUGAAAAGGCCACUACUGCCAAGGAGGUCGCCGACAUUGCUGGCGUCUCCGAGUCUACCAUCAAACUGAUCUGCAAAAAAGUCGCAGAGGAACUGGAUGUUGUGAUCCGUCCCGAGUGGAAGUCGCAGUAUCCCGCCGGCUAUGCCAACCUCGCUGCGCUUGGCAAGACGAGCCAAGCGUCGGCUGCCAAGUCGUCGCGCGCUGGAACACCGAGUGUAGCCGCUGGCGCCGCCGCCGCCGCCACCGACAAGGACAAGGACAAGAAGUCGACGGCGAAUGGAUCGACCCCGUCUCCCGACGCUGCGGCCAAUGGCGCGAGCAACGGCACGAGCAACGGCACUGCCACGAAUGGUACUGCCAAGUAA